AUGGCUUCGCCUCCCUCCUCUCCCCCUCCCCUAUCCUCCUCCCCACAAGCUCACCUCCCACCACCCACAGGCCUCCAANUCCAAAUUCCCAUCCCAACACCCAUGGCUUCGCCUCCCUCCUCUCCCCCUCCCCUAUCCUCCUCCCCACAAGCUCGCCUCCCGCCACCCACAGGCCUCCAAUCUGAAGACUCCCCCGGUCCAUCUUCCGGUUCUCCCAAACGCGAACUCUUAUCCUUAACCGGACCUGAAUCCGUACUGGCACUCCGAACAUCGCCAUCUAAGAAAACCCCACCCCUCCCCUGGACCCACCAGGAAACUGUUAACCUAAUCCAAGCUUACCAAGAAAAAUGGUACUCUCUCAAGAAGGGUCAGCUCAAGGCUUCCCAAUGGGAGGAGGUGGCAGUCACCGUUGCAUCGCGCUGCGGGUUUGAUGAGCCAUCAAAAACCUCCACGCAAUGCCGCCACAAGAUCGAGAAGCUCCGGAAACGGUACCGGGCUGAGCGGCUCAAGCCUUGUCCGAAUUCGUGGCAGUAUUUUGAGCUUAUGGAUCAAAUGGAACGCGGUCCGCUGCCUCUUAAUGCUCGCCCGGUGGCUGUAGUUAAGUCUCCGAAUACUAUGUAUAACAUUAGUAGUAACGGUAAUAAUCACACUAAUAAUAUUAGUAGCCUUUAUUCUGGUGCUGCGGAUUAUGAUUACAAUAAUUCUGAUGAUAGUGAUGAGGAGUGGAAUGCUAGUUAUGGCGUAGAGACGUCAAAGAAGAACAAGUCGAAGAGUAUUAACAAUUUAGUGCGCAGGGAGGUGGGUAUGAAGAGUGGGGUUAGAAAUGGGAGCAAAAUGGGGAUGGAGAGGACUUUUAACGAGGGCACUGAUCGGGUUUUGAGGGCCUUGAGAAAUCCCAUAAAUGGGAAGCGAACAAGGUAUAAUUAUGAGGACAGUGAGGAUGAUGAUGACAACGAUGAUGAUGAAGAGGGUGAAAGGAUGCAAGUAAAGGAGGAGCAGGAGGAGAAAGGAAAUGGUGAAGGGGGUGGAGGGCGAGAAUUGGCCGGGGAAAUUAGGGGUUUUGCCGAGAAGUUUAUGAAAAUGGAGAAUAAGAAAAUUGAGAUGAUGAGAGAAACGCAGAGGUGCCGUAUGGAGAUGGAAAAGAAAAGAAUGGAUAUGGUUCUUGAGGCCCAAAGGAAAAUUAUUGAUACCAUUGGCAGAUCAUUUGGAGCUCAUAAGAAAUCGAAUAUCAGUCAAGAAAUAUGA